AUGGUGUUUGAAGUUCAACUUUACGUCAUCAAUCGAAAAUCAGCGAAAAUCAGAGACUCUUCCGCAUACGCGAAAGAAUGUAAAAUUAGGAAGACCGCUAACCCGAUAGUGAGAACCCUUCACAAAGUUCUUGAAAGAAGUUUGAUGCUCUUCGAGUCUCUCGCGAAACGAGAAGCCACUUUGCAACUUUUGGGUGCUAUUGGGUCGAAUGGAAAUAUCAGUGUUGCCUGCUUGAACAAAUCGAGAACAACGGGAGCACAAGCUGCACAAGUGGAUGAGAGAAUUGUCCCAAUCACGGAUGCAGAAAGCAAUUACGGUCAGUAUCUGAAUAAUCUUCCACCAGAAUGCCAUCAAUACAUUGUUCCCGUGGAAAUAGCAGAUUCAGCGUCAAAGACUGCUUUGCAAUACGAAACUACUCUACGUGCAACACUGUGCCCCGAACAAAUAGGUCGUCUUCCCAGAUUCGAUAUUCUUUUCUUGGGCAUGGGCACUGAUGGCCACACCUGCAGUCUAUUUCCAGGUCAUCGUCUACUUCAGAAGAACGACUUACUAACAUGGGUCGUAGCAGUCACCGAUUCUCCAAAGCCGCCAUCACAACGAAUUUCGCUCACAUUGCCAGUGCUUAAUGCUGCAAAAAAUGUAGCUUUUAUUGUCACUGGUGAGGAAAAAGCGGCUAUAGUUAAGACUGUGCUUGACUCCGAUGUACAACAUGUUCCUGCGUCUUUCGUGCGGCCAUUCAGUAAGAAGCUGCGGUACUUUUUGGAUAAAGAUGCCGCCAGCAAGUUAUAG